AUGUGCAGGGGCCGCUACAUCCGCUUCCUCUGCCCGGAGUCGCUGGCCGGCAACCCGCAGUGCCCGCACUACGACCCGGCCACGGGCAACGUGCACGUCUUCGCGUCGCUGUGGCAGCAGAUGGCGUGGGUGUGCUGCGGCAACCACGCGGGCGACUGCGUCACGUGCCCGGCGCUGUUUGCCGACCCGGCCGCCAUCGAGGUGUUCGACGCGUGCGCGCUCGCGUGCGACCCCUGCGGCGCGCGGCUGAUGAGGGAGCUGGAG